UCUCCCUCCGCCAUUAACGAACUCCGCAAUGCUCUAUGCUUGCUCCCGCACUCCGUCUCCUUCGACGAAGCAAACCCCUCCACUCCAGUAACCCAAGGGCUUGCACUCAGAUUGGUGCUUCUGAAGAUGCCUAUUUGGUGAUCGAGAACUUGCGGUUGAAAGGUUUCCGGGUUUCGAUUCAUGCGCGGAAUAACUUUUUGAAUCAUCUCCUGGUGGCAAAAUGUGAUCUUUCAGGGUUUUGGAAGAGGUAUAGGGAAAUGCUUUCUUUUGGGUAUGCUGAAAAUGUGAACACUUUCAAUUUGAUCAUCUACGCCUUGUGUAAACAGAGCAGAGUUUGGGAGGCCUUCUCGGUUCUGUAUCGAAUGCUGAAGAAGGGGAUUUCUCCUAAUGUUGUUAGUUUUAAUAUGCUUGUAGAUGGAUUUUGUAGGAAUCGUGAAGUCGAUAUCGCUCUCAAACUUAUGCAUCAUAUGUCCAUUUUGUCGGGGAUGAAUGUUGAGCCUAAUUCUAUUACUUACAAUAGCAUAAUUAACGGGCUUUGCAAGGUUGGGAGAUCGACUAGUGGCGAGGAAAUUGUUAGGGAAGAUAUGAUUGGAAAAAGGAUACUGCCUAAUGUCAGAACUUUUGCAACUCUUAUCGAUGGUUAUGCGAGGGAAGGGAAACUCGAAGAGGCUCUUCGAUUGUUUAAUGAGAUGGUGGAAAAAGGCUUCGUGCCUAAUACAGUCGUAUAUAAUUCGCUCAUGAAUUGGCUUUUUAAGCAGGGAUAUGUCGAAGAGGCUUGUCUUUUAUUAUCCGACAUGAGAGAGAAUCAUGCGCCUCCAGACCAACACACGCAUGCGAUUGUUGUUGAUGGUUGUUGUAGAAAUGGGUUAGUCUCAGAGGCUGUAGGAUAUCAUAAGCAAAUAAGGGAGCAGAAGUUUGUCGAGGAUGUUGUUUCUUUUAAUAGUCUCAUCAACUAUUUGUGUAAGAAUGGGAGGAUCAAAGAGGCAAAUCAAUUAGUCGGCAGCAUGAUAGCUUGUGGUUUGACACCUGAUAUCUUUACAUAUAGUACAUUAAUAGAUGGAUACUGCAAGGAGAAGAGUAUAGAUGAAGCUAUUUGUAUAUAUGAUGGCAUGGUGAGGGAAGGGCAUAAACCUAACAUCUUAACAUAUAAUUCAAUUCUUAAUGGGCUAUGCAAAGAUGGGUCUUUAGAUGUAGCAAGAACCGUAGUUGACGAGCUUAGAAGAGCAGGGGUGUUGCUUGAUGUUAUUUCAUACAGCACAUUGUUCAAUGGAUGUUUAAGCCACCAAAUGGUUAAUGAAGCAUUUUCUCUGUGUUAUGAAAUGAGAAGAGUUGGCAUCGAGGUUAAUACAGUCACUUACAAUGCCUUAAUAAAUUUCCUGUGCAAGAUUGGCUGCUUUCAACGAGCAAAAGAGCUUCUGAAACUGAUGUUCGAUACAGGUCAGCUACCUGAUCAAAUUACUUACACUAUUGUGAUUACUGCAUUCAGUAGGAACUGUAAUCAGAAUGAAGUUAUUGAAUUGCAUGAUUUCAUGGUGCUUAGAGGAGUGACUCCUGAUGAUUAUACAUACAACACUGUAACGAGGUUGCUCAUCUGAAUACAACAUGCAAUUGCUGGUUAUUACAA